AUGGAAACAAUUGAUACUCUUUCCGUGCCAAAUACAGAACAAACAAUAGAGAAAGGAGAAAAUGCACAAGCUAUCCGUGAUUCAGAACAGAUGGAAAAGAAGAGAAGGGCUAUUGAGUGUAUAGUUGCAUGUUUUGACUUAAUGUUAGAAGCAACUACACAAUGUGGCCCUGGUUUACGGGUACGCUCUCUGGAUGAGCUUGAUGGCCUGCUUGGGAGGCAACUUUUAGCAAUCAAUGGUUCCAUUGAAGCACUGAAAAAAUACUGGAUGUCCGAAGGAUGCUCUAUUCUGGCUUAUAUAGAUCUUGGUGAUGAUGGAAGAUGGAUGUUAAACUUGGCAGUUGAUUGUUCUCAUGGUGUGUCAUUCCUUCGUUCCAUCGAACUACCUUCAGGCAGCUACGACCAAGCAUUUGUUUGCCGACUAGUUGAUUCUUGCAUUGAAGAAAUUGGAGAGAAAAAUGUGGUGCAAUGUGCUGCAAGUUCCAUUGAUAUGAUGCUUGAAGACAUAGGGCAUAUUUGUUUAAUCAAGAAAACAAUCGCUAAAGCAAGAUCACUCACAGCUUUUAUUUAUGCACAGACAAAUUUGCUGGACAUGACCCGCAAGUUCACCAACCAGCAGGAUUUGGUUCAUGUUGGGAUAACCUAUUACACCACUUGCUGCUUGAACUUGAGGAGCCUUUAUGAUAAAAGGAUUAAAUUGAAGACUAUGUUUAUUUCUAAAGAAUGGGAGGACAGCAAGUGGUCAAAGGAAGCAGUGGGCAAGAAAUUCUAUAAUUUAGUAGUGAGCAAUGAGUUUUGGCAUAAUGUGCUAUAUGCUAUAAAUAGUUUUGAACCACUAGUGGAGGUUCUGAGGAGGAUGGGGAGUGGCAGACCCUCUAUGGGAUACAUAUAUGGUGAACUUAUGAACGCUAAAACGGAAAUUGCCUUCCGCUUUGAAAACAAGGAAGAGCACUAUUUGCCAGUAUGGCACCAUAUAGAUUUUAGAAUAAAUUUGUACAUGAUGAAACCAUUGCACUUAGCUGCUUAUUAUUUGAAUCCUUCGUUCUACUAUCAAAACAGACAUGAAAUUGAAAAUACAGAAAUAUUCAGAGAUGCACUUUUUGAGUGUGCAUGUAAGAUGUACCAAGAUGAGUCUACACAAGAGAAAAUUGUGCAUCAAUUGAAGCUUUACAGCACUGAUUCACAGAAUUUUGGAAUGGUUCAUGCCUUUAGUACUCGGAUGGAUGUUGACCCAGUUUCCUGGUGGCAAUUACAUGAUGGUACAGCAAAGGAGUUGAGUGCUACGGCACUGAGGAUACUGAGGUUAACCUGUGGCUCACUGGCCUACGAGCCAAGUUGGAUUGAAAUGAUCCAUAAAGAAAAGCCAUCUUGGAUUAAAAAUUUGCAAUUUGAGGAUUCAAUGUUUGUGACCGUCAACAGAAGGAUACAAGGGAAAUCUCAAAUGAGAGAUAGAGAUCAUGUACUUGCGUACCUUCACCGUGACGACGAACCAUUUGAAUGGCUGGUGGGCAUGUUUCCCUAUGAGGCCCAACGACAGGAUAAUAGGGAUUUGCUGAUGGCACGAGUGAGAAGCGGAGAUGGAGUAGGUCUAGCGAAGUUGGCAAAUUAA